AUGCAUGAGACUUAUGGUAAUGCGGGUCGUGGCGGGCAAGCUAUGCGCUUCAAGACGAGCAACCCAUUCGCCGCUCUGGACGCUGCGGUAGAACUGCAGUCUGGUGGAAGCGCUUGUCUGAAGGCUCCACAUCGCAGGACAGCUGGACUGCAGCAACUCUCGCAGCGGCACCUCGAGGAUCUGUCCAUGGCGGUCGGCCUUUGGAAGGACAACAUCUCGAUGACCGCGGGCGGCAACAACGGAUAUGGCUUUCCAGCUCAGCGACGUGUGGCAACGGUCACAGACUUCAACGGCUCACCCCAGAGGAUGGCCACGCCAGGUCGACCAAUGAUCAACAACCAGUUCACCGGAAGCCCACAGGGUGUGUCUAUGGGUCAGCGCCGUGACUCCAACGUCGAUCAUGCUUCUCCGACUGCUCAUCGUGGCUCUCGCAUGGCCUUCAACAGCACCGAAUCGCGCGCGCCCACCAUGUCGCAAGUCCCCAAGGCUUCCUCGCUGACUGGCAUCCCUCCGCUGCUCGCUGUCCAAGAGCUUGCAUACCGUCAAGGCCAGAAGGACCAUGGAGUCUCUCAAGACCGUCUCCCAGCCAGCCCAUUUGCUAAGCAGUUCGACCAGGUCUGGAGCGAGUUCUACGCCCUUGGCAAAGCAUGCGGCGGCAAGCCCAUCUCGACCUCCAACGUCGAUUCCUCUUCGGGACACCAGAACUUCCCCUGGCCUGUCCUCAUUAACCCAUAUACUCAGGACCUCGAGCACCCGAACGGCAGCAUCGACGCGGAGUACGCCCGCAAGAUGUGCAUCAUGGCUCUCAACUGCAUGGCUGCUCUCAUCGGCAUGGUCUGCAGGCGCCGGGGCGAGUGGCAGAAGACCAUCUGCGACGUUCCGUUCCAGAUCAAACACGCCCUCAUGGGCUUCGAGGACCUGCGCAACCGCUACGAGACGCUCCAGCGCGACGCUGAGGAGGCUCGCCGCGGCGGUUUCCCCUAUGGCUACUGA